AGUAAAUACAAAAACAAUGGCUGGAAACUGUGGAAACACAAAAUUGCAUAUUUUGUCAUUGACAAUUGAGGAGUGUCUGGGCUGUAAGAGUGCAAAUGUGACAUUCCGGCCGGUUGACAAUGCCCACCUCGUGAUCUACACGCUGGAAAAACCGAAUGAAACUAAUCCGAUGUCACCGAUAAUGGUGACACCCGUUGGCAAUGCUCUCAAAUUAAUGUGCACCAUGGAUUUUCCAGAUGCGGCAAGUCUGCAACGGAUGCCGCAGCUAAAUAUUGGCAGAGGUUGUGUGAAAAUGACCUUUAAACUGGAGCGUCUUGAUGGCAUUUGUGUUGUGAAGGGAGAUGCGGACAUGACGCCGACCACUUCCAAGCAGGCCGAGGAGCAUCAAAGGGCAAGAAAGCAAUCGGAGUGCGCACGUCGCCACACUCUGUACGAGGUGAAUGUGCAGCGUCGCUUUGACCGGGUUGAGCAACUGAAUCGCAUCCACUUCCAGACUAACGGGGGCAAUUGGCGUGAGCUAACCGUUGAAGAGUUCCAUGGCAUAUUUUUUGUGCAGCCGCCACACAGAUAUGAACUGCUGCCCACACAAAUGCAUCAGCGUUAUGCCCACGAUUGGCUAAAGACCAUUCAGGCAGAUACCAACAACUAUAACAUUCUUAGUGAGGAUGGCAAUCCGUUUGACACGUUUGCCAAGCUCUUCGAUCGCCAGGACUCGGAGCAGCACAAGCAUUUGGAGAGACUGGCCACCAACUGUUUGUCCGUUAAUGAAACGGCUCGUCUCAGUGAAAGGCGUUUCUUGCUCAGCAUUUUUAAGCAGACUCGUUCCAUUUUCGAGUACAUCACUAAUUAUGAGUAUACCGUGUGGUUUUUUGUGCCACGCCACAAUCGCUACAUGGCCCUCAAUAGUUUGAGUUUGGAUGACUUUGAUUUGAGCAAUGUGCGCACUUGCAUUAAAUUGACACGAGAUGAGAGCAAUCGCUUCUGGCAACGUGCUGAUCACAAUAUCAUGGACAUAUUGCUGGUGUCCAUUCAAAUGGCACUGGCUCAGACCGCCAAGCAGUCGUUGCUAUUCCUUGGCCAGCUCGAAAAACUCAGCGAAUUCGUUUGUAUGCAAUAUGUGACGGCCUAUUUUAUGAACACCAUGUACACGGCGGGUAGCUCCAACACACAAAGUUCGACUCCCAAAUGGGUUUGCAGUCGUUACUUGAAUCGCAUCAUUCAGAUGGCCGAGUCAAUGGACCUGAUUGUCGUCAUAGAGUAUCCGUGUACUUUAACCCUGAUGCCAAAUAAUCAUCGGCAUGUGAAAUGCAAACAGCAGCUGGAUAAGAAAACUGGCGCCAUUUCUUGGCAUUUGUCCAUGGAUGUGACCAAAACCGUUGACAAUGGCAUAAAGCUCCUCUCGGAUGCCAUGAAUUCCAAUUAAGUCGAGGCAACACUUCGCAUAAAACUCAGUCUUAAGUUUUGAAAUUAAUCUGCUGUUAAUUGUUGGAUAAAUUGGCAGCAAUAGCUUAUUUCAAGUUUAUUCUUUUACAUUACAUAUUAUUAUUGUUUUAUAAAAC